GCAAAAAUAGAAAAAGAUAAUAACUGCGGGGGCAACAAGCUUUCUCAAGCAGAUGUAGAUUACAUAAAAAAGAAAAAAAAUAGAAGAAAAAAAGGAAAUACAUAUACAUAAAUAUAGUAUAAUUACUAAAAAUAUAUGAAAAGUAGCUAGAAAACAGUAAAGGAGAUUACUGUAAGAGACUCUAUAUCGAAGAAAUUUCUUUAGUUUUGAUUUUAGUUUUAGUUGCGAAUAAAAGAAAAUAUAGUUAAAAAAGAUGACAGUUGGUAGUUUUGAAGUUGGUGGAGCAAGUGCGGGAAACUAUGAAGGCCGUGUUACGCUCUUCGUCGUCAUUACCUGUUUGGUUGCUGCUUCAGGUGGUCUUAUUUUUGGUUAUGACAUUGGUAUCUCAGGAGGAGUAACAUCCAUGGACGAGUUCUUGGAGAAAUUCUUUCCAUCGGUGUACGCAAAGGAAAAGAACGCAUCUGGCCAUGAGAGUCAGUACUGUAAAUUCGAGAAUCACUUAUUGACUCUCUUCACAUCAUCAUUGUACCUGGCGGCGCUCAUAGCCUCCUUCUUUGCAUCAGCCACCACCCAAAAGUUCGGAAGAAAGAUCUCAAUGACCACUGGCGGUUUUAUCUUCCUAGUCGGUGCAAUUCUCAAUGGUGCUGCGGUGAAUGUUGAAAUGCUCAUCAUCGGCCGCUUGCUCCUUGGUGUUGGCAUCGGCUACGCUAAUCAAUCCGUCCCAGUCUACCUCUCUGAAAUGGCUCCUCCUAAGCUAAGAGGUGCACUCAACAUCGGGUUUCAGAUGGCCACCACAAUCGGCAUAUUCGCCGCCAAUUUGAUCAACUACUUCACCGCUUCAAUGCCGGCAAAUGGGUGGAGAGUGUCGCUUGGUUUGGCUGCCGUCCCUGCUUUGAUGAUGACAGUUGGAGCAGUUUUCCUCCCCGACACACCCAACUCCAUGAUCGAGAGAGGGCAGAAGGAUGAAGCAAGAGAGAUGCUCAAGAAAAUUCGUGGCACUGAAAAUGUGGAACAAGAGUUCACUGAUCUGUUGGAAGCGAGUGAGGCAUCGAAAAGGGUGGAGUAUCCAUGGAAGAAGAUCAUGGAGCCGCAGUACAGACCACAACUGAUCAUCACAUGUUUGAUCCCAAUGUUCCAGCAGUUGACCGGGAUCAACGUCAUCAUGUUCUAUGCACCGGUGCUUUUCAAGACACUUGGAUUCGGAAACAACGCUUCGCUUAUGUCAGCAGUCGUCAGCGGCCUCGUCAACGUCUUCGCCACUUUCGUCUCCAUUUUCACGGUCGAUAAAUUUGGGAGAAGGGCUUUGUUCCUCGAAGGCGGUAUUCAGAUGAUCAUUUGCCAGAUCAGCGUUGGAGUGCUUAUAUACAAGGUGUUCGGAGUUGCGGGAGUUGGUUCUUUCAGCAAGGAAAUGGGCAAUUUGGCUUUGGCUUUGAUCUGCAUAUACGUGGCGGCGUUUGCUUGGUCUUGGGGACCUUUGGGAUGGUUGGUACCUAGUGAGAUUCACCCGUUGGAGACACGAUCCGCUGGACAGUCCAUUAACGUGUCGGUGAAUAUGUUCUUCACUUUCAUCAUCGGACAACUUUUUUUGUCGGCGCUUUGUCAUUUGAAGUUUGGACUGUUCUUCUUCUUUGCUGGGUGGGUUGUUAUUAUGACGGCAUUUGUAUACUUCUUUGUGCCAGAAACGAAGAAUAUGCCGAUUGAGGAGAUGAACAGAGUCUGGAAGGCUCACUGGUUCUGGGGAUCAUACAUCCCCGAUGAUGCUGUUGGUCUCCAACACCACAAGAGUGUUGCUGUCUAGACUUUUUGAUCAAUUUCUUUCUUUUUAUAUUUCCGUUUUUUAUAAAAAUCAUGCAACAUAAUUCUUCUGUAUAUUGCUCUUGUUUAAUAAGGUCGGGUUUUAUUUGUUUUGUUUGGAAGAGGAUCUUAAUAAUGUUUUUUUGUAUUCGGAUUUUGUUUAAUGAUAUGUUGGAUUUG